AUGUCCUCCAGAGGUAACCAACGAGGUCGCGGUGGAGGCGGUCGCGGUGGAUCAAUGGAGCUUCCUUACCGCCCUGGGGGUGAUAACCGUGGUCGUGGUGAUUUCAGAGGUCGGGGUGACGGUAGAGGCCGAGGUGAUAGUAGGGGCCGAGGGAGAGGUGACGGUGGAGAUCGAGGAGGGAGAGGUCGUGGACGAGGCGACUUUCGAGGCGACUUUCGGGGUCGUGGAGGUCGUGGAGGAGGGCCUCCUAGAGAACAGGGUCCCCGGAUCUUUACCAACCCAAGCGGUCAGGCUGCACCAUCGACCGAAGUUACAAAGAUCGAGGAUGCAACCGCCAAUGCUUUGGCAGCCAAGAACCAGAAGACUCCAGGCCAGCCUCGUUAUCCAGCACGACCGGGAUACGGAACCCAGGGACAGCCUAUCAAGCUCUACGCCAACUAUUUCGAGUUGAAGUCCUUGGGCAAGGAGCUCUUCCGCUACCAUGUCGAUAUCGGGGGUGAUUCUGCCGGCCGCAAGCCCACCGGGAAGAAAGCCCGACAGGUCAUUCGUCUGCUGCUUGAUGAGCACUUUCUCCAGCACCAGAACAGCAUUACCACAGACUAUCGCUCUACGCUUGUGUCGCGGAUUGAGCUUCCGAAUGAGGGAACCUAUGUUGUCCGUUACCGCGAUGAGCAUGAAGACGAAUACUUAGAGAACCCCAAAGUCUACAAGGUCACCUGCCAGUUCACAGGCAAGCUCAAUCCUUCCGAUCUGCUGGAUUACUUGACAUCCUCCAAUGCCUCAGCCAUGUUUGAGACCAAGGCAGAGGUCAUUCAAGCUAUGAACAUUGUCCUGGGCCACCGACCGAAAUCCGAUCAAGCCAUUGUAUCGGUUGGUGCAAACAGACAUUACGCUAUGUACCCAGACUUGGCGGAAAAAUGCAGCUUGGGUGCUGGCCUGGAGGUCCUUCGGGGCUUUUUUGUCAGUGCUCGUGCAGCGACAGCCCGUAUAUUGGUAAAUGUGCAGGUCAAAUAUGUGGCCUGCUACCAGGAAGGCCCACUGGCAAACGUUAUUUUUGAUUACCAACGCGGCAACGGCUCAAACAUCUACAAACUUGAGGCUUUCCUCAAAAAAUUGAGAAUUAGGGCGAACCACAUCGUCAAGAAGAACAAAAAGGGACAGGAUGUUCCCAGAAUGAAGACAAUUGCAGGCCUGGCCACUCGUGCUGACGGAUCGUCACUAUCUCAGCCUUCUAAGGUGUCCCACCACGGGGCUGGUCCUCGAGAUGUUCAGUUCUUCCUUGGCCAGCCGGGCCAACAGUCAUCGUCUCAAGGCCAGAGCGGGCAAACACAGGGCAAAAAGGGCAAGAAACAUCCCAAAGCUGGCCCAGCGCAGGCUGGCAAGUACAUCACCGUGGCCGACUUCUUUCGUCAGGCGUAUAAUAUGAACCUCGACCCCAAGAUGCCCGUGAUGAACGUCGGGAACAGACAGAACCCGUCAUACCUGCCUGUCGAGGCUUGCAUGGUCGAGCCCGGCCAGCCUGCAGGCGCCAAGCUCAGCGGAGACCAAACCCGACACAUGUUGAACUUUGCUGUGCGGACUCCUGCGCUUAAUGCCGGGUCUCUCGUGAACCAUGGAAGUCGCGUACUUGGCUUUGUUGGGCAGAACCCUACUCUGGCGAAUUUUAACAUCCAGCGCGGGCCUGACCUUGUCACUGUCCCUGGCCGUGUUCUCCCCGCGCCUCGUGUCUACUAUAAGGACAACAGGUCGCAGCAGAAACCGGUCGAUCCUAUGAAUGGUAGCUGGAAUAUGAAGGCAAUUCGAUUCUCACAGGGAACUAAAUUGGCUUCUUGGUCAUGGAUUUACUUUGAUGCUCCCAGGGCCAGGCAACACUUCAAUGACCCCGAUGAUUUGACCGCUUCCUUGAAGGGUCUCGCUGGGAAGUUGAACGAAAUGGGUGUCGCGACAUCGGUACCUAAGCCUGGCAGGAAAAUCAAUCUGUCCGGACAGAACACGGAAAAAGAGGUUGAGAAUGCGAUUUCUGAUAUGGUGGCCCGCCACCAGCCUACGCUGAUCUUCACUAUUCUCCACGGCAAUGACAGUGAACUGUACAAGUGCGUGAAGCAGGUCUGUGACGUCCGCCAGGGUGUACGCAACAUCUGCGUACUCGCUGAUAAGCUGAAGGGGGCCAACGACCAGUACUAUUCCAACGUCGGUCUCAAGUUUAACCUGAAGCUUGGCGGGGCUAACCAAUCUUUGCGACCGGCGGAUCUAGGUAUCAUCAGCGAAGGAAAGACUAUGCUCGUGGGCCUUGAUGUAACACACCCGUCCCCCGGUUCGGCAGGCAAUGCUCCUAGCGUGGCCGGCAUGGUUGCCUCCGUAGACCGGUACCUGGGCCAAUGGCCCGCUGAGAUCAAGAUCCAAGCCUCGCGACAGGAGAUGGUCUCCGAUCUUGACUCCAUGCUCAAUACAUGUCUCCAGCGUUGGGCCCGGAUGAACAAGAGGAACUACCCCGAGAACAUCAUCGUUUAUCGUGACGGUGUCUCUGAGGGUCAGUAUGAUAUCGUCCUCGACAAGGAACUCCCGCUCCUCAAGAAAGCCUGCGAGGAGACCUACCCAGCGACUUUAACCAAGAAGUCUCUCCCGCGCGUCUCCAUUAUCAUCGUUGGCAAACGUCACCACACCCGCUUCUACCCUACGACCGACGCAGAUGCCGACCGCGGUGCCAACUCGAAGAACGGCACUGUGGUGGACCGUGGCGUCACCGAAGCCCGCAACUGGGACUUCUUCCUGCAAGCCCAUUCAGCCAUAAAAGGUACCGCCCGUCCCGCCCACUACUUCACCGUCUGGGACGAGAUCUUCGCCCACCAGAAAACCCCACAGGGAUCCCCGUUCAAGAACGCCUCGGAUAUUCUCGAAGACCUAACCCACCGCAUGUGUUAUCUCUUCGGACGCGCUACUAAGGCAGUCAGUAUCUGCCCGCCGGCGUAUUAUGCGGAUUUGGUCUGCGAGCGAGCUCGUUGUUACCUGAGUCAAUUGUUUGACCCGACGCCUGCGGCGACGCCGUCGGGAAGUCUCAUCAGCGGUGCUGCUGGAGGCUCGGAACUUGGAGAUGUUGCGAUUCACCCUAAUGUCCGUGACACGAUGUUCUACAUCUAA